CUUCCGCACAUUCAGCAUAAUUCAUUUUCGCUGCUGCAAAUGCCGGACACAAAGCUCAUUUAUUUCGGUCUCACAGGCCGCGGAGAGCCAAUCAGGUACCUCCUGGCCUACGGAGGCGUAGAAUUUGAGGACGUCAGGCUCACCUUUGACGACUUCUACAAACGUAAAAAUGAAUUUCCGCUGGGUCAGCUGCCAGUCCUGGAGUUUGAGGGAAAGACAAUCUUUCAGUCGAAGGCAAUUUACAGAUUUUUGGGCAGGCGUUUCGGCCUUGACGGCAAAGACGAAUGGGACAGCUUGAAGUGCGAUAUCGCCAUGGACACCAUCAACGACAUCGGCUUGGCUCUGCUGCCUUACGCAACCGAAACUGACGAGGCGGCGAAAAAGAUCAAACAGGAAGCGGCCCUGGCGAAAAUGGCCUAUUUAGUUGACAAGUUGGAAAGUCACCUGGCCAAAAACGAUGGGCAUUUCGUAGAGGGACAGCUCACCUGGGCCGACUUUUGCUUCGCUGGACUUCACGACACGUACAACCACAGGUCGGGGGGCGGGGACGUUUUUGCUGGCAGGCCGCUGCUCAAGGCUCUGAAGGCCAAAGUGGAGUCCCUUCCGGCCGUCAAGGCUUACCGCGACAAGAGCCCAUCAGUGCCAUUCUGAUGCGAAUACAAAUAAAAUUUUCAAUACCUCUCGCGAUA